AUGUUGACUCCUGAGAGAGGCGUAUUCGCUGCUGGAACGUCGUCCCCGAAUUUCUACGAAAAUGAACCGAUCAUCAUCGAAGACACUCCUCCUGCAAUUGUGAUCGACCCAAACGUUGUUGACCUGUGCGAUUCUCCAGAAUCUUCUGGACCGGAGGAUGAAGAAGUUGAUCCAGUUUGGGGAAGAAAAGCUCCCGUCGACCAACCAGCUGCGUCUCCACCAUCCCGACGUGUAAACUUGCCAAGAAGGAACAUCAUGUCGAUUAUGGACAUAAAUCUUUCAGAUUCUGACGAAUCUGAUGACGAUUCUGAGGAGAAGGCUCCACUAUGCAGAAACUCGCGGAGAGAAGGUGCCAUCAAUGCGAUUUUUGACGAUUCAACUGACAGCUCCGAUUCUAAUCAUGAGAAGUCAACCAACCGCACCAAAGCCAUCUCGUCGAAGCAAGAAAUUGUGAAUGCAAUUUUUGACGAUUCAACUGAUGAAGAAGGAGUGCCUUCUUUUUCCCGCUCUUUUGUUGAGAAACUCAAGUCUAAAAAGCGAAGGCGAUCUUCUGAUGGCUCUUUCGGUGGUCGACCAAGCAAACGACAGGCUGAAGAAUAA